AUGCCGGCUGAGAAGCGCAAGAAGGGAGGAGUGAGGGCGGGAAAGGAGGAAGGGAUGAACCAUCUGAAUUAUGCGGGCAGCUCGACUGGCACGCUGAUGAUCCCUCAAAAGCGAUGGUACAGACAACGGGCUCACGCGAAUCCUUUCAGCGAUCAUGAUCUGGUCUUGUGAGUAUUAUCGCCGAUCAUCAGAGCGCUUCAAAGCGCUUCAAGUGACGCUGCGAGAUUUGAGCAGCAGGGCAAGGCACUUGUGGUCGAAAUGAAAUGCUGAUCGCUCGUCAUUUCCUUGUGUUCCGUUGCAGUCCCAGCUCACCCUCGGAAAUGGAUUGGAGCAAGCAUUAUCCUGCAUUUGUUUUAUCCAGCAGUGAUGGCGACGCUUCUGCUGAAGUUGGUCAAGCCUCCGUCUCUACACGGACCAAGACUUUACCGGAGUUUUUGGAUGUAGGGUGCGGGUUCGGAGGAUUAUUGUUUGAUCUCGCACCCAUCUUUCCUCACAAACUCAUUCUCGGUGGGUGACCGGUGCUUCGCCAGAGUUCGCUUGACGAGGAAAAGCUCAAGCUGAAGCGUGCCCGGUCUUGGUUCGUGCUUAGGCCUAGAGAUUCGGGCUCAGGUAGCUCAAUAUGUAGAGGAUAAGGCCCACGCUCUGAGAUUGGCUGCUCGAUCUCAUCGACGCGGAGAGCACGCCGCUGGUAACGACCCAUCUCAGGUAGGCACAGGCAGCACUGCUUCGCCAUCAGCGGAGGGAGCAGGCGUAUCACCAAGUGCCGCUCCUGAUAAUACUAGCGACGCACAGUCAAGUACGUCUUCCCAUCCCAACAAGCGCUCUCGCGGGGACCAAGCGCCGGUUGAUGCGGAUGGAGAUGAAGAGGAUGCGAAGGAUGAGAAGGAACAUAACGAGCUGCUUGUUGCGAGAGCUAGGACGGGCAACGUUGCAGGAGGCUACGAGAAUGUGAGCGUCUUGCGCGCAAACGCCAUGAAGUUUCUGCCCAACUUCUUUCGCAAGGGCCAGGUGAGUACAGCGUUUGAGUCUUGAAGCUGCCCAACUCUGCGCCUUAACGAGCUGAUUGGGUUGCGUUGCUCGGAAUACGCGCGUGGUCGGCUUGCUAGCUAUCCAAAAUGUUCUUCCUGCAUCCCGAUCCUCACUUCAAAAAGAUCAAGCACAAAGCUCGAAUCAUCUCGUCCACCCUCUUGGCCGAAUACGCAUACGUUCUUCGACCUGGGGGCAUACUCUACACCAUCACGGACGUGCACGAUCUGCACUUGUGGAUGGUGGGGCACUUGGACGUGCAUCCUUCUUUCGAGCCAAUCCCGGACGCGCAAUUGGAGGAUGAUCCUUGCGUAAAAGCUAUUUGGACCGCCACAGAGGAAGGUGAAUGGACAAGCCAAAAUAGAUCGGAGGCGGGCGUCAAGGUGGAGAGGCAGGCGCGGGAUGAGGCUGGAGGAUUCGGAAUGACACAAGGCUUGGCGCUGAUGCAAACGUUCGUCCCUUCAUACACAGGCAAAAAGGUCAUUCGAAACAAAGGCGAUAAAUGGUUCAAAGCGUACCGGCGGAAGCCUGACCCACCUCUUGAUGAGGAUGAUGACGAGCACCCUUAA